AUGAGAUUGAAAGUAAGUGGUUUUCCAAAUGGCGGAGCCGAUAAAGUGGUCUCGAUUGACAAUGGUUCCAGUUUGAAUCAAUUAGUUAAACAUCUAGAACUUUCAGAUGAAUGCAAUCUAAUAGCUAUUCGAUUCGGAUACCCACCACAGAGGGUCGAAAUCGGUGAAGUUGCAUUGGAGACCUCAUUAGAGGAUCUUGGUUUGAGUUCCGGUGAGAGGGUCAACUUAGUUUUGGAAGGUGGUACAAUGGCUGCACCAGUGAAGAGGAAAGAUCCGGUGUUGAAACCAUCGCAAACUUGGAUAGAGACUAGUGAUGGAGAACGUCGAAUAUUACAAGUGCAUAAAGUUCCUGAUGAUAAUUCGUGUCUAUUCCAUGCCAUUUCAUGGUGUAUGUACAAGGAUAUUUCGUUAUCUUACCAAUUAAGGGAGUUGUGUUCGCGAGUCAUCGUGGAGCAUCCAAUGGUUUAUUCAGAUGCCAUAUUGGGGAGACCCAAUAGAGAAUAUAGUGAAUGGAUAUUAAAAAGGGAUUCAUGGGGAGGUGGUAUUGAAUUGGCUAUAUUGUCCAACGAAUUACAGAUGGGUAUAUAUGUUCUUGACAUUGACGCUAUUAAAUUUGAGAAAUUCAAUGAUGAUCUAUACGAUAAAUUCUUUGUUAUUCUGUUUAAUGGAGUGCAUUAUGAUGCAAUCGAAACAGAUGAUGGAAUUUGUGUUUUUGACAAGAGAGAUGAGAUGGGUGAUUUAAUACUAAAGAAUGUUUUAAAUAUUGCCAGGCAGUUAAAAGAAAAAUGUUAUGCAUUUAAUACUCAAAAGGCCAAGAUCAUUUGUAACAUAUGCAAAGAGAAGUUUGUUGGUGAGAGAGAUAUAGCCAAACAUGCAGAGAAGACAGGUCAUACAGAUUUUGGUCAAAGUUCAUAA